UGAUGGGAGUUGGCGAUGCAUUCAAAUAAACCCACUUUACGUCAGGAAGGGAAGCCGGUGUAUUUCCUCCCCCCCUCCUUCUUUAUCUGCAGCCAGGGCCAAAAUAAGCAUCGGCAGCAGAGCGCCCGAGGCUCGGACACCUUCUUUCCCACUGGCCACUGCACUGUUUCUGAGUCCGAGGGCGAAGUCAGAGGGGUCCACGGCAGCAGAAUCACCAUGAAGACCACCAUGGUUCUUGUGCUCCUUCUGCUCGCGUCUGUCCACGUCUCCACAGAAGAAGAGACAGAAGAGAAACCCGCUGGGCAAGCUCCAGUACAGCCAACGAUAAAGAUGGAAACAGAUUCGCCAACUAAGUCAGUCACCAAACAUAACAACACGCAAGAUCAGACGACACAACCGCCAGUGAUCAUAACCAGAGCAGGACGCACUGAGACUCCAGCGCAGACCACCGUGAAGCCCACUCUACCUGCAGCUGCAGCUACGUCCCACAAAGCUGUGGCCAAUGCUUUCCUGCACAUUCAAAUUACAGCUGCAGCUACAACUACAGUUACAGCUGCAGCUACAACUACAGCUACAGCUGCAGCUGCAGCUACGUCCCACAAAGCUGUGACCACUGCUUCUCCGGUUGAUCCCAACAAGCGCACUCAAAGUGUGAAAAAUGACACUCCUGAGCCGAGGUCUUCCCAGACUCCAACCCCGAGCCUCCACCCAAAGACCGAGAUGCAUGUCACGUCACUCAGUACAGCUAUGAAAAAGGAAACUGUGGAGCCGAGAUCUUCUCCAACUCUGAAACCAAGCAACCGCCCUGAGACAAGUGAGACUUCAUCUGAUCAAGGACACAAUCAACAAUCAAAACCAGGCAAAGGCACCAGUACUCCUGUCCCAGAUACAGGUUCUCAGACAGGGAGUGAUGUGAAAGAGCCGCUCAAAUCAGACAAAAGGCUGUGCUGGUUGGCACUGCCCGCCCUCCUGGCCGUAGCUGCCGCCGCCAUCUUCUUCAAGUUCAGAAGCAAGAGAAUCAACGACCACUCAGAAAACAUUGACAAUGGCACUGAGAACGCAUCCUUCCAGAGCAGGCCCGAGAGCAGCAAAGAUGGCGUCAUGCUCCUCGGGGUGAAGUCAUGCGUCGGGGAGGAAAACGCGGCUACAAGAUAGAAGAAAACUGGAGGGUGGAAACAUGAAGAUCAGCCAGAGGAUGAGUCACAUCUGUCCCCCACGUACUGAUCUAGUGGAGGAGCAGCUUAGAUGCUUUCAUUUUAGUUUGUGAAACAUAGUGUUGUGUGGAGCAGAGACGUGUGGAGCAGUGGUUUUCAUGUAUGAUUCUGUAUGCUGACAGCAGUUCGAUGGAGCAGUGGGCGUGACUGUGAUGAUGAAUCUCAGAGUAGGUGAACUUGUUGUGGUGAAUGCUGGGCUACAUUCUCAGUAUACUGUUGACUCAAACCUGCAAAAGUACAGCUGCAUCACUCAUUUCUGUCCAAAACAUGUUUCCUGUACAGUGCACUGACCUCAGAUCUGUCACAUAUUUGAUGUAAUGAGUGUCUGUUUCAUAGUUUUAGAAUUAUCCGUCGGUUUUGAAUAUAGUCUGUGUGUGAGUAGUGAGGGGAGUGAGUGAGUGAGUGAGUGAGUGAGUGAGUGAGUGAGUGAGUGUGUGUGUGUGUGUGUGUGUGUGUGUGUGUGUGUGUGUGUGUGUGUGUGUGUGUGUGUGUCUGUCAGUCAUUCAAUAUCACCAAACGACUAACGGCCUACAGUCUAGCGAUGCACAACAGACUCUAGGUAUUAAGAAGAGUUUUAGAGUUACGUAAUUACGUUUUUUCAGUAAAUACACAUUCAAUCAUACAAUGAAUUAGCAACAGGUUUGUAUUUUAAAGACACUGGAACUGCUUCAUAUCGUGAAUUUCUUGUUCAAGCUCAAUUUCCUGAAUAAAUCACUAAAAAAAAGA